CUGGGGACCAGAGGCGACCCUGAUCACUCUGAUAUGUGCCAUUUGAGUGCUGGGUCCAACAGGAUGGCUGGUAGACCCACGAAAUGUUGGCCUUUGAUUGGAUUCAGUCUCAUCUGUCUUAAAAUGGUUGCUUCAGCAAAAACAGUUCCUGAAAUACCCACUAUCGAUCAGGCCUAUUCAAAAAUCAGCAACAGUAUCACUGUGGAAUGGGCCACAGUGCCAGGGGCCACCAGUUACCUCCUCACGGCGGAAGAUGGAGACACUGUCAUUGAAACCACGGUGGCCAAUUCCCCCGGCACUGUGACAGGCCUGAAGGCUGCGACUGUGUACCAAAUCACCGUCAGAUCCAUCAGUGCCGCUGGGAGAAGCCAAGCGUCGCCUCCGAAGCAGGCAAAGACAGUGUUGGCUGCACCAAUUCUAGAAGUAAGCUCUCCAAGUCCAGACUCUAUCCUUGUGCAGUGGGAAGCUGUAUAUAUGGCAAUUGGGUUCUCUGUGUCCGUCAUGCGAGCGAACGGCUUGGGUAGAAUGUGGAAAGAGAAUACCACAAACACCUCCUUGACAUUCGGCAGUUUAGAAGCUGGGACUCUCUACACCAUAAAGGCCUACGCGUGGAAUGCCAAUGGAAUGCCUGGCGAUGACUCCACCUGCAAUCAGAGAACAAGUCCUCGGGCCCCUGCCAACAUUGAAGUCUCUUUUGACAGUGGGGCUCUGAAGGCCUCUGUUUCAUGGGCCCCAACGGAAGGAGCUUUCAACUAUACCGUGAUGGCUUUGAGUGACUCUUCAGAGCGGAGCUGUCAUACAACUCUCAGGACCUGUACCAUCUCCUCGCUCCGGUGUGGGACCGAGUACCUCAUUUCAGUUUUAGCAAGUAAUGACGCUGGUUCUAGCAAAUCUACUUCUACGGAGGCCCUAAAAACUGUUGCUUGUGCCCCUGGAAGAGUGACCAUCCGAGAAGAUCCUCCAGGCCACCUGUCUGUGGCUUGGUCCAAUGUAGACCUGGGCGAUUACUAUGUGGCCUUUGUGAAGAGUGAUGAUGGCUUGGAAGUCCACUGCAACACAUCCUUCACCCAGUGCAAUUUCUUAUCUGAAUGCGGCUUCACUUACUUUAUCAGUGUUUUUGCCUAUAACAAGGCAGGGCAGAGUCCCCUGGGCGAUGUGUUCAAUUACACCACAGCUCCCUGUUGUCCUACCGACAUGAACCCCGUGCUGGUGUCCAGUGACAGAGUAGAGAUCGUCUGGUCUCCUGUCCGCGGUGCUGAACUUUAUGAAACCAAGGCUGUAGCUGGGUUCACCGUGGUUGAGUGCAAUGACACUGCUCCUGCUUGCACCCUCUCAGCUCUAGAGUGCGACACCAAAUACAACAUCACGGUGCACUCCUUCAGCGAAGUCCGGGGCAGCAAUACGUCGUGUACUUCCCAAUUUAUAACCACAGCUCCUUGCAGUCCUGAGAUAAAGAACGUUUCAAAGGAUGCGUUCUCCACGAUUAACGUGCACUGGCAAUCCACGAACAAUGAUGCCAUUUACACCGUGACUGCCCAGGGGGAGAAAGGGCUGUUUCGGUGCAGCAGCAGGGGCGAGUCCUGCGCCAUGGUGGGGCUGCCCUGCGGCUCAGUGUUCUCCGUUACCGCGGUGGCCGAAACACAGGCCGGCCGGAGCCUGCCCAGCUACAGCGUGCCCCUAGAAACAGUGCCAUGCUGUCCAGCUGGGCUGACAGUAACUCAGGUCACCCAGUCAGUAAUCAACGUGAGCUGGACUGUCGCGACCGGGGCCCGAACUUAUGUGACCGUUCUCGAGUCACACGCAGGACAGUUGAAGUGUCUCACCCAUCAAAACCAGUGCCUUCUGGGAUGCGUCUCCUGUGGCAUCAAUUACACGGUGGCCUUAAAAGCGAUUAGUGCCACCGGGGUGACUGCAGACUGUGCCUACCAAAGUUACUCCUCCAGUGCCUGCUGCCCUUUGGGAGUGAAAUUAUACAGGCUGGGCCCCAAUGGCAUUCGGAUCUACUGGCAAGCCUCCAGGGGCUCUGUCAAUUACAGCACUGACCUCUAUGGUUCCAAAGGCAUUUUCACAUGCACUCCAAGCGCUGGCCUCAGUUUCUGUGACGUCACCGAGAUACCCUGUGGGGAUGUAUAUACCGUGAUGGUCUCACCAGUUGCUGAGACAGGACUGAAGCUUACUUUCUGUCCCAAAAAAAUAUAUUCAGUAACCUGCUCUGGAAGUACACUUGGAAUGGUGAUUUACAGAGGGAAAAGAAAUGCAGAAUGACACAGUGAGCCACGGAUAAAAACAGAGGCUUAACCUAGAUUGACUCACUUGUUAGUGUGAUUAGAGGUGGAAAAGCUCUAUUAGAAUACGACAAUGCCUCUAGCAUAGGAUAAGCUCUCUCGGCCUCUGCAAGGACAACUCUGAUUCCACUUCCUGAACGUAAGCAAGGUCAGAUGUGUCUUCACCUGCACAGGAGUUCAAGAUCUGCUAUGGAGAGCACUCAGAAGAGAAAUUAAUCCAGAAAGUGCUCUGGAAGACUGCCACAGUUGAGUUCACACACUGGGAGAGUUCUGGGAAUGUAAAAUGUCUGCUUAGCAGAAACUGUCUCUGAGAUUUAACAUCCAACUUCCUAGCUAUUUCAUGGACACUGGCGCUUGCCAUGCAGCCUUCUUGCUAUUCAAGGGCUGCAAGUGAUCACUCCCGGAGAGCUUGAAAUCAAGUCACCACACAGAGACGCGGCUCCUCUCAAGGCAGACCUCCAGCAGGACCUUGGCGUGGUGGGAGAGCAGCAGCUCCCAAGACGAUCUGUUGUAGCAAACACCCUCAUCUCAAGUUAGGAGGUAGCCAAGCCACUCAUUGUGUUCGCCAAGCCAGACCACCGUGUGAUGUUACCCCUGCAUGAGCAUCUGGGCAAGCAGAGCUGAUGGCCUGUUGCUGGAAGAAUUGCAGUCAAAGUUGUGAGUGUGCAAAGACUUCAGUGGAGGGACAGCCAAGGCAAAGCCUUCCGCAGUGGCAGGCUGACAUGCACACAUCUUUUGUGGGGAGGAUCAUCGAUCUUGUUGGUCACAUCCCCCGCUCACACUGCACUGUUUUCAUCAUUGGAG